GUCAUGUGACAGACCUGCAGCCAGCUUUAGUGAUUUAUCAAAAUACAAUGUCACCAAUGGAACCACUGGAUGGACGGGGAUCACACGGCAGAACUACGGGAGAAUCUGGGCAACGGACUGGAGGAAAGGUACCAGUCUGUUUGACUGUAUAGCUGUAAACGUUUCUUCUGGUAACGCCAUAUCUGUACACGAGUUUCCUUGCGAUACAAACCUAACGCCAUUGUGUGAACACGGAACCAUAUUGAAAGGAUAUACAAAUGAAGCAACAGAAAAUAGUGAUACUUCUAUAUCUUCAGCUGUUGGGUUGGCUUCAGGUUUUGGACUCCUUGUUAUUUUGAUUGUCGUCGGUGUUAUUCUUUUGAAAAGGAGAAAUAAAUUAAAAGCAAGGCGAUCGAGCAAGGUAUCGUUCCACAAUAAGAACUACGAAGUAGGGAUGGAAGGGGUAAAUAUUCCGCCAUUGUAUGCGGAGGUGGAGGAAUGUGUAAACAGUACGGACAAGACGCCUCAAGGAAAUCCAAGGGAUAGUGGAGGAUCCGACCGCACGUAUGACCAUGCACGUGUGCAGAGUCUAGGCCGCAUACUGACCGACGACGACUACGACCAUCUACAAUGACUCCCAGCAUCAGGGGGUCCAAUCCCCCAAACAUCUACAAUGACUCCCAGCAUCAGGGGGUCCAAUCCCUCAAACAUCUACAAUGACUCCCAGCAUCAGGGGGUCCAAUCCCUCACACAUCUACAAUGACUCCCAGCAUCAGGGGGUCCAAUCCCCCACACCCUUUAGAGAAUUAACCCUAAAAUAUAACCAAAAACAAGUUUUAGACCCCUAUCCUUAACAAGCACACCCUCCCCUUCAAACGAGAAAAUUUCUGGACAAGUGUCUGCAUCCAGAAGUAAGGUCGACAAUGCAAUCAAUUACAAACAUGUAAUAUAUAUGUACUCUUGUGGACAUUGUUUGAUUGUUAUCUUUAUUCCGGUUUGAAAAUUGUGUGCUUUCAUGCUAUUUAGAAAAAAUAAUGCUAUUUAGAACUGUUGCCUUUGGAAAUGCAUUUUUUUCAAUUAUGUAUGGUUUCCGGUGAAUGCGUUCGAGGAGUACAGAUGUAUUGGGGUAAAUAUCCUGAUAUACAGACAUGUUAAAAGCUCUAACCAGUAAUGUAACCUAUCUAAUUGUAUCUGCUUAUACUUAAAUAUUUUAACGGACAGAAAUUUACAAUUCAUGAGGCUACUCUUCCUUUAAUUGCUUAGAUUUGCGUGACUUCAUUUAUGAAAGUUGUGCUUUAAAGACUAAAGAGCAAUAAAAAUGUAAAUUUGGAAAAACCAUUAAAUUGUCAAACAAAAAGAUUGCUCGAUGUUGAGGUUGUUUUUCAUGUAUUGUUUUAUUUACAUUUAAACGUUUCGCGGAUAUAUCAAGAUGGGACUUCUGUUCUGUGCCAUUUUUUCUCUGCAGACACUUAUUGUUUCGUCCUUGUCACAGUUUGAAGUCGUAAACAAGCAGACUUCGUGGUCGUCUGCGAACUCCACGUGUGAGUUGGCGGGCUUCCGGCUAUCUGGUCCUGUUAGUCCGGAACAGAUCCCUGUGGACUCGGCACUUCCGGAACAGUCCUUCUGGAUCGGAGCACUAUCCCACCAUACGCCAUGGUUCCAAGUCUAUACCUGUAAGAAAGUGACAGAGAAAAAUAUGACCUUGAAAACUGACAUAAACGUUAGAGGGAACGGCCAGGCGCUCUACGAUUGUUUCCACGCGUGCAAAAACUUCGUGGUCUUUGCUUUGUCUGAAGUGGCCUGUUAUUGUGGCUAUAAAUUGGUGUUCCAGGGGUAUUCUUGUGAGAACAGAAUCCUGCCGUCCUCUCCCUAUGAUCUGUACGGGUACUCAGGCAGUCUGGCUGCUGGACAGGUCGCCACCCUACAGUACGCACAGAUCCAGGGGGAGUCAUUUGGACCCUAUAACGGUACAGGAACUGGCGACUGCGCAGCUGCGUUGAUUGUUCCGGGAAGUCGUUUAUCCUCACAUCAGUACCUUCCAUGUGAUACAAAGCUGCCAUAUAUAUGCAAUAAGAACCUGAGUCUGGUCGCAGUAACCUGGGCGGAAGCAGUGAUCAGAUGCAACAUUGUGCUCACUUCUUCUUUUGAGGGUUAUUAUGAAACGCCUACACAAAGUCCGACCCUGGCGUGGACCGGAAUAUCCCGCCGGAGUCAUCUCUACUGGGGUCAAGAUGUUCUUGUAAAAGGGAAUUCUCUCUUCCACUGCUUGGCUUUAAGCAUUGGCCAAAACGGCACAGCUGUUCUUACAAAGAAAGACUGUAAAGAAAAGUUACCGUACCUUUGCGAAAAAGGAACGCGAAUACCCGAUAGCGAAACAUCUACGAACCCAUCAACGAUAACACCAGAGACCAGCAGCGCCUCGUCACCAAAGGUCCACAGUUCUACCACCACUGGGUCCACAUCUACCGCAGAGUCAGUAUGGACACUAGUGACAUCAGAUGUCACAGCAACACAGCAACCGACAUCAGGCGUCACAACACAGCAACCGACAUCAGGCGUCACAACGACACAGCAACUGACAUCAGUCGUCACAACGACACAGCAACAGUCUUCUACGCCUUCCUUAACGACAGAGCAACAAAAAGAAACGACUUCGAUCGACACAGGUGAUGAAACCACAAAUUCUACAGUGACAAGUUCGCCGUAUCAAAGCGACAGUGGAUUCCUGCUGCUGUUGGCCGCCAUUUUGGCGGGCGUUGUGAUACUCGUAGUCAUAAUCGUAUUAUGUCUCAUCUACAAAAGAGAAAGAACACGACAUUUGUUUUCGUCUGAUAAAAAGAAAGAAAAUGCGGACGUCAUUUACAGUGUCGUAAAUCGAAAAAAGAGUCACACGAAAGAAAUACGGGAUAUUCUGGACACGCUCUCCGACAUUUCCUACGAUGUCGACAUCUCGGCAAAAAUGACAGAAAAGCUUCCCUCGGAGGCGUUCGUGAACGGUUCGUACGACCCAGCUUACGAUGACCUUGACCCCUGGUACCGUUCCAGUCUGUUGAUCCAGGUGGUUCCUGAGGGUCAGACCCACACCCUGACCGUCUCCGACCUUCACCCCUCCCCGGACAAGGACACCGUCGAUAACUUCUACAAUCACGUGGUCAGGAACGUACAUGGCGAGAUCUAGGAGAGGAAACUCGGACCCGAUCAGAUACUAGUAAACAACGUCAGCAGACGACCAGUAGAAAGUACUUGUACUGCCUACAUUAUCAUCUUAUAAUAUUACAUUACCAGAAUAUUAUUUUUGUGUUGUAUUUAUAUUUUUCAUUGAUCCACUGCACAAUGUCUUCUGCAUUUUUUUAGAAGCAAUCAGUAAAUGAAAUAUUAAGGUUUUAUUUAUGAAUUAUAUAUACAUCAAUAUAUAGAAAUGGUUCGAAGAUUUUCAUAAGUACAUUAAUUUAUUUAAAAUCAUUUUAAAAAUAUUGAUAUACUACUUAAG